GGUGAUUCAUGCUGGCGUUUUUCCUCUAUUUUCACAGGCACGUUUUUUCACAUUGCGUAUUUUUUAUCCUACAUACAGUGAAAAAAUACCACAGCAAAACGAUUUUUGCAUUUUUCAGGCAGUUAAAAGAAAUUUAUGGAGAAAACGCCGUUAAACUGAGCUUCAAUUUCAGGGACAGGACAUUAUUGCAUGGUUUAGUACCAAAAGUAGCACGUAAGAACAUACAUUCAGAAAUGAGAUCCACUACAUCAUCGCUCCGACUCUGUUCCCUUGUGCGGCGGCUGGUGACGCUGAUAGUGAUGAUAAUGAGCAGCACUUCUAGAGGGGUGUGGGGGGACGUGACGUUUGCCUCUUCACCCGACAGGUGUACUGAGCGGAGGGUGGGGGACUUGAUGGACCAGGAGGACAAGAUAGACUGUGAGGGGGCCAUGUACAAUGAGAUCCCCUACCAGAGUAUUCGCUGUGACGCCAGGCGCAUCAACUUCGCCAACAACAACCUCACUAGACUCACCAGAAUGUCUUUCCGAGGACUACAGCAAUUGGAGGAGAUAGUGUUGAGCGGGAACAGGAUCAGCUACAUUGAGGCGGAGACAUUUGCAGGCAUGCCUAAUCUGAAGACAGUCAAUCUGGUGGACAACUUGUUGAGUGAGAUAGACGAGAGAGCCUUCUGGAGGGCACAGUUCAACAACAUGAUGGUCAUGGUUGAUGGCAACCCCUGGUACUGCGACGAAGACCUCAAAGAGACAAUCGAGGCGAUAGAGGGCAAAGUGACCUUCAUUGGGCUGACCUGCAGAGGUGGCUUCAUCAGAGGCAUCCGAGGCACCAUCGUCGGCAGGGAGUUCGAGGACAUCCGCGACAGGAUCGAGAAUGACUUCGAGAGCUGGGAGAUUGCGUUGAUUGUGAGUGGUUCCUUUGCAGCCUCAGUCCUCGUCGCCCUCAUCAUGUAUGUGGUGCUUGUGUGUAGACAGGGCCAGAGUGAGACAUUCGAGGAGUACCCUUUGCAAGGCACACGGGAGGGCCACAGAUACUUGGACAACAUAUCGGACAAGUCGGCCAGCCAGGCUGGGGGAUCGCCAGUGUCCGGCACAGCAGUGGACCCCUCAUUCCGAGACAGCCGCAAGAUCCACAUCACCAGCGACGAACACUUCAAUCCGGAAAGGGGGUCGGAGAACGACAUCGAAAUCCUUCCCUCUCCCCCCAACAGACCUGAACCGCCCUCCGCUAGCACUGACGGGAGAGGGGGUCGCUUCUCACCACGAGAGGGACUUGAAACCGGUUCCCCCCGAAUAGACAGCCCGGACCCGAAUGCCGAUUCCGCACCUCCUCCCCCUCGACCCCCUCCGGCGAGAGGAGCGGCAUCAGCGAAAUCUGCAAAUGUGAACGCGAAUGUGAAUGAAGAUGAAAUCCACGUGUGAAGUGUUUUGAAAGCACUAUCGUAGACUAUUUGUGUUGAAUUGAUUACUAAUUGCAUAUCACCCUUUUCGUAACUCAUAUUACCAGAACACAUUGACAGUAGAAAUUAAUUGAAAU